AUGGUCUACUGUUGGAACACCUUUCAAUCUGACGUGCGGUCUGCAGACGUGGGUGUCGGGCAGGGCUCAGCUCUCUCACCUGUUAUCUCAGGGCUCUUCAUUGCUCCAGUAAUGAAGCUCUUCUACAUCAAAGCAGCGCUGCUCAACACAACACUCCUCUCCUUUGUGGACGAUGGGACCAUCCUGGCCCAGUCCAAACAACUUGAUGAUAAUAAUGUGGGCCUGUGGAAGGCCUACAAAAUUAUCUACCUUUUAUUUGUUGCAUUUGCACUCGUCCUUGAACAUGACAAGACCGAGCUUGAUACACCCUUGAAACCCAAGACCUAUUGGAGGUAUUUGGGCUUCUACUUUGACCACGGGCUCACCUUCCAUGAGCAUGUUCGCUACUAUGCCACCAAGGCAUUCACCACUGUGCAGGCCAUGCGCAUGCUCAGGAACUCUACAAGAGGCCUGUCGCCUAAACAGCGGCGCCUCCUCUAUAGAUCAUGUGUGGUUCCCAUCGCCACGUACGGUUAUCGUGUCUGGUACUUUGAUGGCGCCUGUAAUAAGGGCACCAUGAACCAGCUGAAGCGGAUGCAGCGGAAAGCUGCUCUAUGGAUUACAGGUGCCUUCUGCACCUCACCCACAGGCAGUCUUGAGGCCUUAGCAGGUCUCAUUCCUGUCCAUCUUAUGCUGAAGAAGCUGGCAAUGCACACAGUGUACCGCGUUGCCACCCUCUCAGACACUCACCCUCUUUGCUCCAUGAUGGGUGAGGGACUCCUCAAGCAGGCCAAACCACAUGCCUGCUCUGUCGCCUUGAUGACCCCAGCUAUGCGAGGGAAAGUCAAGAGCACCGUCAUGGAGGUGGACGAGUGCAUCCACACCUUAACUGAGAGCUUCGAGCCCUUUGUGCCUGAAGCUUGCCCUGGUGACCGGUUACUGGACCGCUAUGUGGACUGUCUCCAUUUUGAUGAACGUGAUCCUACCCAGGAUAGGCACCCAUAUCUUGACAAGCUCAUCGCGAAGGCAAGGGCCAACCCUUUAACAGUACUGGCUGCAACUGAUGGCUCUGUCCCUCAGUCCAACCAGUAUCAGGCGGCCUCAGCUGCCAUCAUCUACAAGGGACAUCGCGAGCUCGAAAGGACUCGCUAUGUCUCUGGCAGAGUCACUGCCCCUGACAUGGAACUCAAUGCCAUUGCAUGUGCAGUGCACCUUGCUGUCAAGCAGGCAGACUGCCAACAUAUUAUGGUUUUUACUGACUGCAUGGGCUCAGCCCACAGAGCAGUGGACCCUUCCGUGCACUCUGGUCAGGCUUUCAGUCUGUCAGUCUGUCGCGCUCUCCAGGAGUGGUUUGAGGCAGAUGAUCUCCACCGCAUCACCUUUGUCUACGUUCCAUCUGCUUUGCAGUGGGAUAUCCAUGGUGAGGCACACAAGUACGUCACCGAACUCAAAGUCAGGGUUGGACCGGUGCUCAAUGGCAGCCCGCUCGCUAUCUACAAACACGUACACUACACGGCCUGGGUACUAAGUAAACUACUAAAAGACGUCCGCCCCCCCAACCACAAGCCUUAUGGCUCAAACGCCUAA